UGCACAGCAGCAUCAGUGGCAGUUGACAGUUGAAGCUCUGGUGGCUGAUACUAUAGUCUUGCCUUGGAAGAGCGAGCUAGUGUGCUUUGCAGCUAGUGUUAUACUUCCAGCGAUUAUCUUGUUGUUCAGAACACAAUAAAAUCUGUGCUUUUCCUGAACAUUUUUUUUAUUUUAUUUUUUUCUAUUUGGUGGAUUUAUUUAACAUCUGGAGAUGAGCCGGAGAGAGCUGAGACGGCUCCUGGAGGACCAGCGAACAUGGAGCCGUCAAGGAGAUCAUGAUGAGUCAUCGCAGACCGUGUUUGAGGAGAGGCUGCGGUCUGAGCGACGCAGAGGUGUAAGAAGAACUCGUCAGAACACCCGGGAACAUCCAUCAAGCGGAGAAACAUCUCCUCGGCUACAGAGACCUCGGAGGGAGCACAGACAUCGAAGCCGCUCUCCUCUUCCUACUCCUCCGGUAGCAACAACGGACAGACCAAGCCCAGAUCCUCGCCCUGGUCCAAGCUCCCAGCAACCAGCUGAGAAUGAGCAGAAUCUUCCAGCCAUGGUGAUUGAGAUCGACGGGCAGAAUCUCUCCGCCAUGAUGAUCGAGAUUGACGAGCAGAAUCUCCUGGCCAUGAUGAUCGAGAUUGACGAGCAGAAUCUCCUGCCCAUGAUGAUCGAGAUUGACGAGCAGAAUCUCCUGGCCAUGAUGAUCGAGAUUGACCAGCAGAAUCUCCUGCCCAUGAUGAUCGAGAUUGACGAGCAGAAUCUCCUGGCCAUGAUGAUCGAGAUUGACCAGCAGAAUCUCCUGGCCAUGGUGGAAGAGAUCUACGGAUUCCAAAUGACCACCGUUGCAGAGGAUGAAGCAGCACAAUCGUGUGCUAUCUGUCUGAUGGAGUACGAAGAAGGGGAGCGAGUGAUCGUCCUGUCCUGCAGCCACAGGUAUCAUCCAAGCUGCAUCUUACGGUGGUUUGCAACAAAUCUCAGCUGUCCUCUGUGCCGCAGAGAGUGCAUCCUGAGGCCGGCCGUGUGCCUGAUCCGCUGAGUACGGCGAGAAGAGGAACAUCUAAAUCCCCAUCUUCUCUCCAUUCCGUACCAUCUCCUCCACUGUCCAGUUCCAUCAGCCGACUACUAUAUCUCCUCUACUCCUACCACCCUCCUGUGGCCUAGGCUGGACAUAUCCACAGACUCCAUCACCACACUGGGCCUGAUUUAGGUCUCGACGCUGUAGCGGAACAUGCAGUCAAGUACUGAUGUUCGGUACCUUGCACAUGUGCCGGACCCAUGCAUGUGCAGUACAGGUCUAUGGCGUUGGUCAUACUACGGUAUUAGAUUAUCAGUGAUUGACGGUCUGAUGCUGCGUGAGGACGGGGAACGGGCGGUAACAGCCUCAGUUUCCCUAAAUGGAUUUGUGUCGCCGCCGUUGUUGGGGAGGGAUGCGGUUAAGAGCUCCGUCUGAGGUUGGAGAUAUCCUGGCCCCUUCAUAGUAGAUAAGGUGGCUGACUUCCGUGACUCCUUGGGUCACUCGGCCUGCUUCCAUGUAAGCAGUGCGAUAGCUCCUCCAUCCACAUAUGAAUCAGGCCCACUGUGUCCCUAUCAGCCAGUGGCCAUCUUAUGUGUGGCACUGGGGGAAUCCUAUGCAUUGCCCACAGCCAUCCUGCUUUGGACAGGAUAGUCCCACUUUUCGGGAACUGUCUGGCUGUCCCACCCAUGGGGCACACUGUUCCAGGGUGGGGAGUUAGGGGGAGCACUCUCACCCCUGCUCUGUAUAGCAUAGAUGCCAUGCGCCCAGAAUCCACCAGGGCCUGAUUCAGAGAUGGAUGCAGAUCAUACAGUAGCUGCGUCUAUGAAGGCAGCUGCUGAAUGAAAAUAUAUAAUGGCCAAGGAGGCGUCUUGUACAAUCAGACAUCAGCUGAUGUCUUCUCUGAUCCGCUGCUGUUCUAAGCAUUGUACCAUCUGCAUGAGCAUCGGUCAUCCGAGUAACCCUCAGGCCUCUUUACACCAAAAAGAUGGGUCCGACAUCAGUGGCAGAACUUGAGAGUGGUGGGCCCAUGUGCAAAAAUAUGCUCUGGGCCCCCCUCCUCCGCCCUACGGGAGAUGCAGUGGGUGACAGCGGGGAGAGGCUGUGGGUGACGGAUAGAGGUAGAGGGAGACAUUGGAAAUCAAAGGGUGAUGGGGAAGGCAGAGGGUGAUGGGGAGAAGCAUAGGGUGACAAAGGAAUGCAGAGGGAGACAAGGAGAGGUAGAUGGUGAUGGAGAGGCGGUGGGAUGGUUAUAGCAAAAGGCAGAGGGUGACAGAGAGAAAUUGACAUGGAGAGGGUGACAGGGAGGUAGUGGGUGAGAAGGAGACAGUUGGUAACAGGGAGAUAGUAAGAGACAGGGAGAGGGUGACAGGGUGAUAGUGACAGGGUGAUAGUGAGUGGCAGGGAGAGGGUGACAGGGUGAUGGUGAGUGGCAGGGAGAGGGUGACAGGGUGAUGGUGAGUGGCAGGGAGAGGGUGACAGGGUGAUAGUGAGUGGCAGGGAGAGGGUGACAGGGUGAUGGUGAGUGGCAGGGAGAGGGUGACAGGGUGAUGGUGAGUGGCAGGGAGAGAUUGACAGGGUGAUGGUGAGUGGCAGGGAGAGGGUGACAGGGUGAUAGGGAGUGUCAGGGAGAGGGUGACAGGGUGAUAGGGAGUGUCAGGGAGAGGGAGACAGGGUGAUAGGGAGUGUCAGGGAAAGGGUGACAGGGUGAUAGUGACAGGGAAAGGGUGGCAUGUAGAUAAUUGGUGAAAGGGAGAGAGUGGCAUGGAGAUAAUUGGUGACAGGGAGAGAGUGACAGUGACAGGGUGAUAGUGAGUGGCAGGGAGAAGGUAGUAUUAAGAUAGUGGGUGACAGUGACAGGGUGACAGGGCGAUAGUAUCAGGGAGAGGGUGACAGUGACAGUGAGAAAGUGGCAUGGAGAUACUGGGUGACGGAGAGGGUGACAGUAACAGGGAGAGUAUGACAGGAUGAAUGUGGGUGACAGGGUGAUACUGAGUGGUAGGGAGAGGGUGGCAUGGAGAUAGUGGGUGCUUGGGGAGGCAAUAGAGAAAAGCAAUGAAGUGGCUGCAGGCAACGUCAUUCAAAAGUUUACUUACAGUACUUCUGUGUCCAGGUCCUACAACACUUCUGUGUCCAGGUCCAGGUCAGAUCAGCGCUGCUUGGCUGUGAGAUGGGCUGGGCUGUCUCUACAUGCAGUGGCAGGGCUGGCCUCCAUCCACUCAUCUUGGCCACGAUGCAGGGGCAGAUCUAGACUUUACUUUUAGGGGGCGGUAAUUAUUUCUCCUGACUCCUCCCCUUUUUCGUGCCAACUCCUCCCCUUUACAAUGUCUCUUACGGUGACCUGGGCCAAGUGCCCAGCAUCACUCCUUAUAUGCGGCUCAGGCCUAUGGGUCUGCCUACUUGUGGGCACUCAAUCUAAAUAGGGCCUAGUACGCCUUAACUGGCCACAGGCCUAAGGCCUGAGUUUUAGCCAUGCGCCUAGUGCUUGCCUACCAUGGGGCAGGUUGGGUGAACUGGGCCUAAUGCCCAGAGUCACCUUAUACACCUACAGGGGCCACACUUAACUGAUAGGGCCUAGUGCCCUCUGACCACAGGCCUAAGCGUGAACUGAGCCACAGGCCUAGUGCGCGAUAUCUGCGCCCUGAACCAAAGGGCCCGCCUAGUGCGCCACAGGCCUAGUGUCUGAUUUGACCCCAGGGGCCUAAUGCCUGAAAUCUGAUGGUCUAGUGGUGAAGGGGUUGACUUGCGCGCCUCAGUGUUGGCCUACCUACCCUGUUGGAGAGGCGAUGCCCGAUCCUCAACUUCUGUCUUUGGCUGCCGCCCCUUCUCCAUGGUCAGCUGGCGCUGGAGGUCUUCUUUCUUGAUGGCAGCGCAUUCAGGCCACUUCCACAGCCUCAGGAACUGCCAACUCCUCCCCUUUACAGUGUCUUUUCUGGUGACCUGGGCCAAGUGCCCAGCGUCACUCCUUAUAUGCGGUUCAGCCCUAUGGGCCUGCCUACUUGUGGGCACGCAAACUAAUAGGGCCUAGUACCCCUUAACUGGCCAAAGGUCUAAAGCCUGACUUUUAGCCAUGGGCCUAGUAUCUGCCUACCAUGGGGCAGUUUGGAUGACCUAAGCCUAAUGCCCAGAGUUACCAUAUACACCUAUGGGGGCCACACUUAACUGAUAGGGCCUAGUGCCCUCUGACAUGCCCACAGGCCUAAGCCUGAACUGGUCAACAGGCCUAGUGCUCGACCUCUGCACCCUGGGCCAAAGGGCCCGCAUAGUGCGUCACAGGACUAGUGUCUGAUUUGACCCCAAGGGCCUAAUGCCCAAAAUCUGGUGGUAUAGUGGGGAAGGGGGUGACUUGCGUGUCUCACUGAGGGCCUACCUACACUGUCUUUGGCCGCCGCCCCUUCUCUGCGUUCAGGCGGCGCUGAUGAACUUCUUUCUUGAUAGCAGCAUAUUCAGGCCUCUUCCGCGGCCUCAGGAACUGCUCCCGCAGCAUCCUCUUCACUCUCCGGCCGCUGCGAUCCCUUCUUCUUUCUUCCAUGGCAUCCGUCUUCUUUGGUCCCAGCAGGGGCAGCCCAGCAUCUCCAGAAAUGCUGGGCACCCCCCCAAAGUGUUGCGCCUUCCAAAGGUCCUGUCAAUCCUACAGGGGGUUUCAUAAAACAAACUGCUAUCAGACAUCGGUGCUUAUAACACUGUUGUCAUCUUGAUAAAGACGCUGCACAGCGUAGAAAUGUGUAGAAACAGUGUUUUAUAUUGGUCUGACAACCAAAAUCCAUAUUUCUGAACCCACUGCGUAUUGAUACCCGGGUUACAUCUUCCAGUGGAUUGUAUAUAAAAUCAUUAUGGUACAGUUGUCGUCCAAUUUUAUGUAUUUAUCAUUUCUAAUAAAUACUUUUGGAUUAGAAUACGGUUCUUUCUGGUUCCAUAUAUAUGUUAUUUGAGACAUCAGUCUCUAUCAUUAUCCAGCCAUUGGGACUACAGAAGUCCAAAGAAACCUUUAUGUGCGUUGCAUCUAUUUGUUACAAGUAAGCGUACAUGUAAAAAUCUGCUCAAGUUUGCAUCUAUCACCACUUUGGGUGUCGACGUAAAGGAAUGAGAGAUUUAUAAUUGGAUUGGGACCUUCCACACACUCUUCCCUUCCUUGUAUCACUGACUGGUGGAGCUGUGUUUAUUUGCAGUAUUACACUAAUGUGUGAUUUUCUUGUUUCUAUGUGAUUACCAUCGGACAUUACAUCGUUUGACUCUAUUGUGAAAUCACCACAUUGAGGAUCAACAAAAGUUUGGGACAUUUUAAGUGCAAGUGAGAUUGUACCCUUUUUCUUUUCCAUAUGUUGUUAUAGGUUGGUGAGCUAUUUUGUACUAUCUCGUGCUGCUUCAUUGUGCAGCGCCAUAGGAGGAAUUGUUUAUUGUAUUCUUCAGCUCCUGCCCGGCCUCUGAUGUCAGACAGGGGCAGGGCCUAUGACGCAACCUGAGCUGAUUGGCUACUGCAGAGUAUACUAGGGUGCCUGCUGUGGUUUCUCCUCCCUUUUUGCUCACCUCUGUGGCUUCAGCUUCGGGGGUGGCUUUAACUUUUUCAGAAUUUAAUGAAGAGCUGAGAGAAGAUGAAGCUGUUUUCUCGACGGAGGCAUCGGUGGCUGGUCCGCCUGAGACUACAGGUGAGGCACAGCCAGAUUAAGGGAGGGCCCAGGGGAUACGUUACCCCGGGCCCCAUAGCCUCUCAGGGGCCCCUGUGUUGGACCAAUUUGUUUUUCAGAGAUGGAGACAACCUUGUCUCCAUCUCUGCAGCGGUCGGGGCCGCCCCCAUGCACAAUCAGAGCGCCUGCCUGGCUGCUCCUCACAGAGAGCUCUGAUCGGCAGAGCUCUCUGCAUUGGAUACAUAUGUAUGUAUGUAUGGUGUGUGUGUGUGUGUGUAGGUAUAUGCUGUGUGUAUAUGUGUGUGUGCGUGCUAUGUGUGUUUGUAGGUAUGCUGUCUAUGUAUUUAUGUAUGUAUGUAUGUAUGUAUGGUUGUGUGUGUGUAUGUAUGUAUGUAUGCAUAAUAUAUGUGUGUGUAUGUAUGCUGUAUGAGUAUGUAUGCUGUGUGUAUGUAUGCUGUGUAUGUGUAGGUAUACUGUGUGUAUGUGUAUAUAUAUAUAUAUAUAUAUAUAUAUAUGUAUGUAUGUAUGUAUGCAUGUAUGCUGUGUGUGUUUGGAUGCAUACUGUGUGUGUGUGUGUGUGUGUGUGUGUGUGUGUGUGUGUGUGUAUGCUAUAUGUGAGUGUAUUCAUGAUAUGUGUGUUUGUAGGUAUGCUGUGCAUGUAUGUAUGUUGUGUAUAUGCAAGUAUGGUGUGUGUGUGUGUGUGCUGUGUGAAUGCAUGUAUGUAUGGUGUGUGUUUGUAUAUAUGUAUAUGAACACAUGCAUAUUAUAUAUAUAUUGGGCCUAUAUCAGUUAGGAUUGCAAAGUCUGCUAAGAUGCAGAAUUUGCAAUCCUUGUGAUCGCAUGCUGACAGCUGCCCAUCGCAGGUCAAGACCACCCGGCAUGCUGACUGCCACCGCCACCCCCCUCCCCCCUUGAGCAAGCAGAAUUUGCGAUUGCACAGCAAUUUCUGCUUGAUUGCAAAUAAUGGGUAGCCUCCUGCCGGCGCAGGCCGCCAACAUUUUUGUGAUUGCAGCGGCUGUGUGUGACAUCAUGCAGCCAUCCCGACCACGCCACUGCCGCACUCCAUUCACGCCGCCGUGCACCCGCAAUGCUCCGUUUCCAGCUAGGAAUUGUAACGUUGCUGCCCAAUGAACGUCCACCCUCCAUGCCCACGAAUGCCUCUGCCUGAUUGACAUGCAGAGGUGUUCUCAUUUUCUGCUGGAGCGCGCAGGAAAUGUGGGUGCAUGCGCAGGAGAGGCCCUGCGGAUUUGCCCACUUCCUUUUAGUAAUUCUUGCAGUUGGAUCGCAAAUAGUCGACCAUAGUCCUCAGGGCGCCCCCUUGACUUGAGUUCCCCAGACCCCCGUAGCCUUUAUCUGGCUCUGAGAUGAGGCACCGGGGGAAUCAGACGAUGACGAUAGAUCUUCCUCCUCUUCGCUGUCACCUUCUGCUACUAGCGCGGUCAGGGUAUAGAAGCGUUCUGCUAAGUAUGCUAGACAAGAGGCUGUUAGGCGCGGCUAAGCUCCGGCGGGUUUAGAUAGUUUGCGCAGGGCUUAGCAGCGUUUAGGCGCAUGCAGGACUUGUUGCGCUGUUUGUUGGUCUUGUACGUCUCCCCCUGUCCUCCCUACUCGGGGAUUAGCUACUCGCCACUGUUGGCAGUGGGAGUCUAGAGGGAUUUAACAAUUUUUUACCUGGACUGACGGACUUAAUUCGGCUUAAUUAUACUUGAUUUGGCUAAUUGGAUUUUAAUUAUAUGUCCCUCAGCAGGUUUUAAGUUUUACCUCUAGCCGAGUUUACUUGUGUGACCCCCCCCCCCCAUUUAUUUGUUUUACCUCCUAUCCUAUUGUAUCUAUAUGUUGCUUCGAUUGGCCUGAAGCUCGUUUACAUGGAAUUUCCAUGCUAUUUUUUUUUUUCUUUUUGGCAGAUCCUCAUUUCAUUAUGUUUCCAACAGAACUGUUUCUAUUUUACGUGUCAGUUUGAUCAUUUUCUCUGGUUCUUUCCAUCCCUUAUAGGUUUGCUGGGCGAUAGGCGCAAGGAUGGCAUAGCUGCCCGCUCAUGUCUUCUGCUCGGCUAGGUUUAUGGCUUUAAGUUUACGCCUUUAAAGCUCAUUUAAAUAAAUAGAUAACAGUUUCUGCCAAA